UAAAUUUAGUCAGUAGUAAACUACUACAAUUGAAACAUUUUUAUUAAAACUAAGUCGCUAUACUUGCUUAUUUUGCUACGAACCAGAACUUUUUGCUGCAAAUUUAAAAAGCCAAGAACUUACAACAAAAAGUAAUUUUGUUUGUUAAGGAUAACUUGGUUUCUUUGCAAAUAUUAGUCUGUCUACAUAUUUUUACCAAACAAGUGGGAAUACUCUAAAUACAUUUUAUAUAAUUAUUGUCAUUAUUCGCUUGACACAGAUUACGUAAGCAAACCAAUGCAAAUAGAAAACAUUUGAUAUCUGGCAGAUAGUGGCUGACAAUAAUAAAUACUAAAAUGGGUGCUAUGGUAUUACCUAAACUUUAUUCCAAUAUUAAUAUCUCGAAAGUAACGUGUCAGAAGUUGGUUGAAAAAUACAAACAUCUAAUAUCAUGGAGGAAAAAUGAAUCAAUAUUAGAGAUUGGCAUUGGGGAUGGUAGCAACUCUCAAAAUACCAUAAGACCGCUACUUCCCAAGGAUUACAAAGAGUAUAUUGCGUCCGAUGUGUCAGUUAACAUGUUGAAGCAUGUCAAAGAAACAUACUCGAUACCCAACGCCCAAUUUAGAAAUUUCGAUAUUAGUGGUGAACCUCCCGAGGACUUCAAGGAUCGUUUUGAUCACAUUUUUAGUUUAUUUACAUUGCAUAUGGUACCGAAUCCAAGUUUGGUUUUUAAAAAUAAUUUCACCAUGCUAAAAGAAGGAGGACAGAUGUUUCAUGUUUUUUUCGAUGAGAUGCCUUCUGAUCCAGUUUUCGAAUUUCUACAUAAUCAUCCAAAAUGGAGCAAGUACGGACAUAAUAGAAUGUUAUCCCCUUAUUUCAAGUUGCCAAAUAGGAGGCAGUUAUAUCACAAUGACAUACAAAAAGCAGGUUUUAUUGAUUACGUAUUUGAAGUGGAAAGGGAUAUGACUUACCCUUACGAAAACGAGCAAAUUGUAACAGAUUUAUAUAUGGCUAUCAAUAUUAUUCUGCCUGAUAUUCCUGACAGCGAAAAGGAAGAAUACACGGAAUAUUAUCUUAAAAAAUCUAAAGAACUCUGUUUUUCUCCGGUUUUGUGUGAAGAUGGAAAGGUAGCGAAAUGGGGAAACAAAUAUAAUAUGUUUGUCAUUUGUGCGACCAAAAAGUAAAUGCCAAAAUAUGAAUUUUUUAAGAUUUGUUGAAGUACUUUUCUAUUUUUAUAUAUUUUUAAGAAACUUUGAAUACUCUUACAUCAUUGUAUCUUACAUUUUGAUUUCAUUAUGAGUUUUGAAAAAUAAGUUUUCUAUCAUGACGGAGCUUAAAGCUUCUACUUUUUCUUUGAGCGAUAUCAGCGUCAAAAUAUUUCUGAGAAAAUUAGUUUUUUUAUUUAUACCAUAGCAAAUUUCAGGCUUUUGUUAGGGUCUACUAAAAAUAAUUAAAGAGUUAUCAGGUAAAAUCUAGUGUGAAUAACAUGAUUUUCUUUAAUUUUUUAUAUAACUUUGAUAUAACUCUUUGAUACAUUACUUUCUUUUGAUUUCCUUAAUACACACAUCUUAAUGUCUUUGUUCUAACUAAUUAAGCAUACUGAUGAAAGUAUGAAUUAUUUUUUUAUGGGGGCAAUUUUUUAUUGAGCCAGCCACUUUAUUUUUAAUUUACCCCAGAAAAAAUCCCUUGUUUGUUAAAUAGGUGUCCAUGUAUAAUUUGUUGUUAUCUUUAGAUGUUUAACUGUGAUAAUACAUUGUACGUGAUUAAAUCUCAUAGCAUUCUUUAUCUAUGUUUAUGGGAGUUUUUAAAGUUUUUGUUGUUUUAGACUUUAGACCAUAAAAAUCAAUAAUUUGUGAGUGUAAAAUAAAUUAGUACGCAUAGAUUUAGUAAGGCGUGAUAUUGUAUAUCUUUUAAUAUUGAAAAUAAGUAUAUUUAGUUUCUGCAUAUUGUUUUAAAGAUAAGUAGAAUGAUUAAUAUCUGCAUGUUGUUUAUACUGUUAACAUAAUGUUCAAUUAUUGUUUUUUGUCUAGUUAGAUUAUAUUUUAUAUGUAUAUGUUUUAUUCUUUUCUGCAUUUAUUAAACUAUAUUCUACACUAAAA